AUGUCUGAUAAAAAAAUUCGCAAACACAUUGCGACUGUGUCAGAUAGACAUUUUUAUAGAAGACUUAAUUGGGAAAUGCAGAAAUUACGUUCGGAAAGUGUUUUGCAGAACUCUGAAUGCGAAAAGGAUAAUAUUGAUUUGCCUAGUACUAGUGCUUGUACAAUAGAUAAUAUUGAAACUGCGACUAAUGCUUCUAUUGUAGAUGACUUUGAAGGACCGUCUUCUUACCAGGCAGAGUUACAGGGCGAUGUUGAAAGAAAUGAUUAUUCUUCUCUUUCAGAUAGCGAGGAUGAUGAUAUAACUGAAGUUUUUGAUGCAAGACAAUUUUUAGCAGAGUGGGCUGUGAAUUAUCAGAUACCUCAUAAUGCUGUAUCUGCACUACUUAAAGGGCUAAAACUUCAUGAUUGUUUCAGUGAUUUACCAGCAGAUAGUAGAACACUUCUGAAAACAAAAAGGACUGCUGUAUCAAAAGUUGUAAGUCCAGAAAUGCAAUCACCUGCAAGAACUGAUGAACACUUUCGAAGCUUAGAAGAUGAAGACUACCACAAUGGCUAUACGAGAUUGCUUGAAAUACCGUACAUUGGUUUAGUUACUAAUGUACCACUUGACUAUAUGCAUUUGAUUUGUUUAGGAGCUGUUAAGAGAUUGAUGCUUUUGUGGACUGAAGGUGAGCUUCCAAUUCGUUUACCAUAUGCUAAAACUAAUGACAUUUCCAAUUUUUUAUGCAGCUUAAAGAUUUAUAUACCCAAGGAAUUUGCUAGGAAGCCUCGAUCAUUGAAAUAUGUGAGAUCAUGGAAAGCUACAGAAUUUAGACAAUUAUUAUUGUAUAGUGGUCCAGUAGUUUUGAAAUCUCAUAUUUCAAAUGACUUUUACAAAAAUUUUCUUACUUUACAUGUUGCUAUUAAAAUUUUAUGUAGCAACACAUUAUUAAUUGAUCUUUUAGAUUAUGCUGAGCAGCUACUUCAUUAUUUUGUUGAAAGUUUUAAGGUAUUAUAUGGAGAUCAUAAUGUAAGUCAUAAUAUACAUAACAUAUUACACUUAGCUAAUGACGCCAGAAGUUUUGGUACACUUGAUUCAUUUAGUGCCUUUAAAUUUGAGAAUUACAUGCAGGUCUUGAAAAAAUACAUACGGAAGUCAGAGAAACCAUUGCAGCAGAUUUAUAAAAGAUACUUUGAGGUAAAAGAACAUUUUAUAGGUAAAGAUGUAAGGCCUGUAGCCAUGUCUAGAGUUUGUGAGAAGUCUAUGCAUUUCGAAGGGCCUUUGAUAGAGUAUUGUGGUAAUCCACAGUAUAAGGUUGUAUAUUGUUCAGAUUUCACAUUCAAUAUUAAUGAAAAGUCCGAUUCAUUUUGUGCUUUACGUAAUGGUAAAAUUGUGAAUAUAAUUAAUGUGGCAUUCUGUACAAAACUGAAUCAAUUAGUAAUAAUAGGUAAAGAAUUUAAAGUGAAAGAAGAUUUGUAUGACCAUCCCUGCAAAUCCUCUUUAAUUGGGGAAUAUAUGUUGAGUGAAACAUCUGAUUUAUUAACAUGGCCCAUAACAGAAAUUAUUCACAAAUAUGUUGUAUUUCCUCUCUGUACAGAUAUUGGAAAUAUGCAGGAAUUCCAAUGGAACUCAUUUGAGGUGGGACUUGAUAAAAUGAAGGAGGCCCUCGAAUAUUCUGAUUUAACUUCUGAUGCGGAGGCAAGAAAGGUACAAAGGAGAGUUCGUGCCAGAAGGAACCGAAGUUCCAGUGAUGAUUUUGACCUGGACUCCGAGCCUAGCGUCUUGCCUCCAGCUCCUGCACCACCAACUUUAUUGAGUAGAUGUUCUACUCCUGUUGCAAACAACAGCUUUGAUAACGGAUUUAUCGGACAGAGUAAUUGCGAUGAGGCCGGAAGGCUGGUUGAUCAUGCUGGGAGCAGCACAGAGCCCACGGGUGGGUACAAAGGCUUCGACAACGGAUUGUUUGGACAUACCAUGCAGAGCAAUUCCACAUCAGUAAUGGUUAAUAGGGGACCAACGCCAAAUACAAGGCGUCUAAAUAACACUUAUUAUGAUGAUGGAAAUAGGAUCUUUGACCAUGGUGCUGGGAGCAGCACAGAGCCCAUGGAUGGGUACAAAAAUUUGGAGAAACUUAUUUCGAGGCUGGACACAAAAAUAAAUCUAAAAUUUGAGCAGCUGAAUGCCACCAUCGACAGUAAGCUCCAAGCUGUGAUGGACAGCAUUAGUAGGCAGUGCUGCCAGUGUAAAAAGGCGAAUGAUUUGCCUGAUUAUACACUGGCAGUUUAUAAUAAAUUUCCUGUUCGGACAGAGGCAGAACUGCUAGAUGUGGAGCAGCUAUUGACAGAUGCGUCAAUAGCAGAAAAAUUGAAAGCACGCCUAGGACGAGUUGGUGGCGUAGAUUGCAAAAGCGCUACCAUAUCUCUUUUAAAAAAAGUAUUUAAGGAUGUGGUAGCGAAGGAGUAUAGCUGGGUUGGAGGCAAAGCGAAGAAGAAUUUUUCGGCUCUUCUGAUAGUAAAAAUGAUUAUAGAUAUUGUAUCUGAACAACAGCGUGUGACGCAGAGCCAAGUGGAGCAGUGUGCCAAAGGAUGGCUGCGUCAUGCUCAUGACAGAUUUGUUCGGAGUGCUCCGUAA